GCCCAUCCAUACUCCAACUAGGACUAAAGUUUGACGGGCCUCGGCGUUAACACCAGUGUCCCAACCCAAGCCUAUAACAGAAAUCGAACCCAAAAAACUCGAUCUUCAAGUUUUCAUGUAGAUAGGACAAAUUGGCAGGCAGCAGGAUGCGGUGUGCUAAGCGACAACCGAACUUGACAACGCCUUCUUGAAAAGAUCAAGCUUUGAUUGAUCAAAAUAAGUUCUUAUCCUUCUUUCCAAAGGGAGAAACCGACUUGAUCAUAAGUUCAGAUAAUCGAAUAAAACACAUAGUUAUCUUGUCUGGACUGAUUCGUACAAACAUACUUUCUGCCGCUUAGUUGCAACUACCUCAAUAAUCUAUUCAUAUCAUGUAAUUGCUCCCUUUUCACUUCCCACAUUUCAAAGGUGCGAUCUUUGGCAUCUACGAUAGCGAAAAUGGAGGGCGGCGGAGUGAAGCUCGACAGGUGGGGGUACGAGGUGUGGACUUGCUCCGAUGACUGUGUCGCCGCCAUCAACUCUUACUACCACCAGGUUCUGAGCUACGGGAGAGGGAGGCGUGUGAUUCUGGAAGCAGCUAAAUGCGACAAAGAUUGUGUCUUGGCCAACACUUUGGCCGCUCAUUUCCUUGGCUCCGCUGAUUCUCCCCACCUCCAAGCAGCAAAGGCUCGACUUGAUCAAGCAACUCCGUACGAGAGAGCGGUUUUUGGAGCAGUCAGUUAUCUAAUUUCUGAUAAUAGGGACGAUGAUGUUGCUGUUGAACUUCAUUCCAAGCUUCUAAAUGACUACCCUAAGGACCUGGUUUCUCUAAAAAGAGGUCAAGUACUAUGCUUCUACAUGGCUAGACCAGACCUGUCUUUAAACCUUGUACAAAAGGUUCUUCCAAGUGCGGAGCAAGAAGAUUAUGUUUACGGGAUGCUUGCCUUCCCGUUAUUGGAGCUUGGCCGGAUGGCUGAAGCUGAGAAUGCUGCCAGAAAGGGGUAUGAAAUAAACAAGAACGAUUAUUGGGCACAGCAUGCUCUCUGCCAUGUUUUCCAGUAUCAAUGUCGUUUCAAAGAAGCAGUAGAGUUCAUGGAAGAAUGCUCCACUUCAUGGACUCCUUGUUCGUCAUUUAUGCUGACACAUAAUUGGUGGCACGUUGCUCUUUGUUACCUAGAAGGUAAUUUUAAGAUAACGAAAGUUAUGGAAGUCUAUGAUCAUCGAAUCUGGAAAGAGUUGGAAAGAAGUGAUGCCAUGGCCCCUGAGGUGUACCUAAAUGCUUUAGGUUUGUUGUUACGUUUGUCUAUUCGAGGACUACUUGAUGAUAUCUUUGAUGAUCGAUUCAAGGUCUUGGCGGAUCGUGUAGCAGAUGAAGCAAAUUGGUUUUUGGAGUGGCACCUUGAUGUGUUGAUAUUGUGGGCCUUGACGAAAGCUGGUAAAAUUUCUAAGGCAGAAGGUCUACUCAAUGGCUUGAAAUCCAGAAUUUCGAAGAUGAACAAGAAGAAGCAGCAAGUGAUGCAGAAGGCAAUACUGCUUGCAGAAGCCUUGUAUGAACACACCAAGGGGAACGACAAACAAGCACUGGAGCUACUCGGUCUGGAUUUUGAUGUCAAUGGUUGCAAGAUAAUUGGAGCAUCUGACGAGCAACUUGAUGUGUUCCACGAAGUUUGGUUCAGCAUACUGCUGAAUACUGGCGAAGGAACCAAAGCAAUCGGAGCAAUCGAGAAGCAUAUCAAGAAGCGGGAUGGAACCCCUUUCACAUGGCGCCUACUGGAGAGUGGUUACAGGAUAGAGGGUAGGGAAGAAGAUGCUGCAUCAGCUGCCGACAAGGCAACAUCACUGGAAGCUGCCUACUUCAAGUCUUCAACUAGAGAGUAGACUACCCCGUUAACAGACCUGAAAGGUAAGCACUAGACAUCGGAGUGGAGGAACAAUCGUUCAUCCCCUAAUUGGUCUUUUCUUGUACUACUGAAUGACUAAUAAACCACAAACUCAGAAAGAACCACAAAAACUAGAGCUUAAUAAAUAUAUUCAGGAAAUCGCACCUUUUCUUAUCCAACCAUUAUUACUCGAUUCAUAUCAUGUUCCACUUGCGUAUAAUACUCGAACUCGAUUAGGAUUAAUGGGGUGAGCCGUGACCACUUGCAAAAAUGCAAGUGUGUAUUUGAUGAAAUGGAAGAUGCACUUCACUUAAAAAUACAAACAAUAAUCUCCUAAUUUUCACCUCCAUUUAUUUAUUUUUCGUUUAUUAUAAGUCGUUUCGGCACACAAAUUGCUUUGCAAAUUAAUUGCAUGAACUUGUAGAGUUUACAUGGGGUUGAUUACAAAAAAAAUAUUAAGAUGGCAAUAGACAUUGCAUUUGAAAUUGAUUUUUCAAUUGCAUCGAUGUGGAUGAUUUUAUCACAAUCUGUUUGUUGGGAGGAAGCGAGAGAGAUACUAGACUAGUAAUCACUGAUGUCCAUAAAUAGAAUAGUUUCAUAACAAAUUUUCAAACUAUACAUGUUAGGGCGAGAUUGCUCGAGUCUAAAGCGAUUUGCAUAUUGAUCGUUUGAGACCUCAAUACAUAAAAAAUCAAACGACUAUAACUUUGUGGUAUCGAUGCAAUUUUUUAUACGAUGCAAUUUUUAUAUGCGUAACAUUUAAAAUCUUCUUAGCCGCAAACAUUCGAAGGGUGUCAGAUCAGCUUCCGUCUCCAGGUAAGGUUGUUUCUCCUGCCUCAAAUUGUUCAUUUUGUGAUUUUGCUCAACUUUGAAUGGUCUUAGCUUUGCGCUCCAUCAUCCAUCAUCGUAAUUUUUUAUUUAUUUUGCAUCACAUGUUAUAGAAGGGUUUUCAAAAUAUAUGCGAAGACGUGAAAAAGAAAUAUGAAGUUAUUCUAAAAGGCUCUUAAAUUCUAAAACAUCGCAUCUUUUGAAAAUUUAUCCCUCAUAAAGUUGUAUGCCUUGAAACUUUAUGUCAAAUAGAAAAAUGAAUUAGAGAUGCAUGAAAUCGCAAACUGGCUAAUUUGAGGCAGUCAAUAACCUUAUUUGGAGAUGAAAGCUGACAAGACCACGUUGGAUAAUUUGCACCUGCAAAGAUCCUAAGAAAUCAUGCAAAAUAAAAAAUUGCUUCAAUCAUAUAGUCGAACAUAAAGUUACUGCCGUUUGAUUUUUUACAUAUGUAAUUAUAUUGAUCGUUUUGGUGUCAAGUGAUCUGUCACAAAUGGCUGAGGUCACAGCGAUUUAUCAUAGAUUGCUGAAAUUAUAAGGGUAUAAUAUGCAUAUCGCUUUAGUAUCAAGUGAUUUGUCCCAAACAAGUGUAGUCUGGUUGUAAAUUUUCAUAGCAACGUGUGUAUUGGCCUGUGCCUAACACAUUAUUGGUCCGGUGACCAAGUAUAAUCACCGAGUCGAGCACAGUGUAAGUAUUCAUUUAUGAACCCACGAGGCAAAUGUACCCUUACUUUCGUGAACCGAUCGUUUUCUAGUUAACCAAAUUUGAAAGCUAUUACUACUAAUCAAGCGAAAAAUGACUAAAAGUGAGGUUGUUUGAAAAGGAGAAAAGUAUCACUCAAAUGAGUAUCCCUCUAGCCAAGGUUGGAACGAUGGUUAUUUCAUUCUAUGUUGUUUCAAAUAGAUUUAUACUUUAAAA